AUGGAGGAGCAAGAUUUCCCCGUCUGGGCCGAGCGCACGCUUGUCGCACUGGCCACCAUCAUGUCCGCUGUCCUGGCGCUGAGCAUCGGCCUUCAGAGAUGGCUGGACAAGCGCCUCUGGGCCGAGGUCAUCAUCGUGGGCAUCUCCGCCUCGAGCUGCAUCAUCACCGCCUUCUUCGGCUUCGGCUUCUACAUAGUGGGUAAGCUCUCGCAAGACGCCUUCGGCAUCAUUCUCACGGGCCUCAUCCCCGCCGUGCAGUCCGCCACCAGGGUCCGCCUAUCCACCCUCCGCGCCCGCCUCCUCAUGCGCAGGAAGGGCGCCCUGCACGAUAAAAUCGCCGACUUCUGCUACCUGCGCCACGGCAAGUCCCCGCCGCCGGACGUCCAGGCCGUGUUGUGCAAGAAGCUUAAGGCCACCACGUAUCUCAGGUACCCCGCGUCCGCGAACAUCUCGCGCAUGUGCCCCGAAGUCCAGAUGUGGCAUGCUAAGAUUAUGCGCAGCAGCGACAACAUCAUCCAUCUCAAGGACUUGAAUGACGUUGGAGACCCUGUGAAAUGGUGGAAACGCGCCAACUCCGCAGACGAUAUUGUCAGAAGCCCGUCCAGGGCACAGAUGUCCAAGCACGAACAAGUGACGAACGCCCUCAACUUAGUCGCCGAGAUAGCCAUGAUUGGUGACUCGGUGCUUGAGUGUCACGCCAACCGCCUGAUAAACCACGCGCAAAACUCCAAUCGUCUGACGAGAGCGCUCUCUGCAACGCCGGUCUCCGUAUGCAACACCUUCCUCACCGAAGUUGGACUCUUGGAAGAGUGGGGACCGAUUGAUGAGAGGCUGCGAGACGAGUUCACCACCAAUUUCCACAAGAUGUGCCGCGCGAAGAAAUACGGCAUGCUCUUCUUCAUACUCCUCGUCGAGUCCGAGCUGUUCCACGACAUGCACAAGCCGAAGCCGCAACACGUUCGAGAAGCUAACGCCGACAAUGUGAUCAAAACAUUCACAGAAACGAAUGAAAUAAAGGUACGGAAGUUCAUCACGGAUGCAUGGUUGCGCCGGUAUAUAAGUGGCGAGGACCGCCUCGCCAAGUACAACCCGAAGCAAGACGCGGACGCGAGGGCGCCCCCGCCGGACCGGCCAUCUGUGAUUUACGCGCUGAUCCCGCUCCACCCCGAAGUCAGCGUGACGCAGGAGACGAAGAAGUUCUCGCUCGCCGUUCGGAGAAUCCGGUCGGUCAUUCAGAACGGCGCCAUCCCGCCCGGCGCAGGCGUACCGGUGGCGACUCUCUCAGCGCAAGGGUCGCACAGCGACCUGGACAAUAGCAUAUGCCUUCUGCCCAAUGGGCUGCCCAGUGAGAUCCGGGUUGUCAUGCCGAUUGCGGUGGGCGACAGGCCAGGGCAGAACGGAGGUGAGGGUCACGACGGUGGAGGCACGGCGGGCGAUCACUCAGUGCAGGUAGGAAAUUCGGAUUCCGGUAACGCUUCCGGUCAGCCUUCACCGUUGGCGACAAGCACCAGCGCGGCGACCCUGUCACAUAACCCAACAAGUAGAAACCGUUCAUCUCGUGCAAUCUCAGGUACGGGGGUGACGGUAGAUGGCCCCAACACCGCACCCCACGAGCAAGUCAUCAAUGCUGUGGUUAGCACUGUUGGUCCUGGCGCUGCCACUGACCCAGCGCCGUGCGUCAUCCUGGACAUGGGCUCGUAG